UCACUCACGAGGCCGUGGCAUGGGAGGGGGCGAGGGGCGGAGACUAUGGCCGACUGUGCGCCAAUGGCAGCGGCGCUCGUGCUCGGAGUGACCUAGAUUCAGCCAAUCGCAGAGAGGCGCAGUGCCGGGCGUCAACACGGGCUGCGUGCAGCGGCCACGUGCGCGUCAAGAGAGGCAUUCCGGGACACCUGCUGCCGGAAAAGCGCUGUCCACGCACCUCGCGGCCGCGGAAACAGCCUCGCGAGCUGGUGAACGUAGCAGCGACGGAGCAGGUGCGAGUGUGACAGUGGCCCCUACCUCACUGCUCCAGACCUCUGGCUGCAGUGCUGUUCACAGAACAAGCAGAAGAACCUGCGGGCGCGCGCGGAUCCGGUCGGGCUUCCACCACCAGCAGCAGCGGCGGCGGCGGACGGGAGGGCUGAACUAGAGUCGCCAUGGUGAACCGCACCGCUUCCUGAGGCGCAGGGACCCGAUGGACCGGCUGGGGGAGCAGCGGAGCACCUGAGCGCGCGCUCACCUGUCCGCGCCGUGUCGCCGUCUCUGAUUGGAUUAUUUCACUCUUGAAUUCAAGCGCCUGCAGGUUACGCGACCCCCGCCGCCCCCCAUCUCCCCCCCCACCCCUCCCCUCCUCUCUCUCCUGGAAGUUAUGUCAAGGCCCCUCACUCAGCUGCUGCCGCCGGACCUCCCUGCCGGGGCCACCAGCCCCCAGUUCGGGGCCACCAACCCGGUCGGAAGUGUCCCUCAGGGCGGUCACCUGACCUCCAUGACCAACCUGAAGUCGCUGCUCCAGCUGCCGAUCAAAGCGGACCAGAGAUCCCCCAAAGACUGCUGCAUGAUGAAAGAGAAGGACAAACCUCUGGACUCGGAUGAAGACUCCAUGGGCAUCAUCUCUGGAGGGACUGCUGGAAAUAUGGGAUCAGGGACGCUAAGGCCCAAUUCCCAGUCCGCCUUCCUGGGCCCGCUGCUAUGGGAGAGAACGCUGCCGUGUGACGGGGGUCUGUUCCAGCUCCAGUACAUGGACCUGGAGGAGUUUCUGACCGAGAACGGGAUGGGGAUGCACAACAAUGGACCCAGCUCCACCAGCGCCCAGAUCCCGUCUCAGAGCUCCCAGUCCGCCGUGCCCAACCAGAGCUCCCAGUGUCCUCCCAGCUCUCCGCCGCCGUGCUCCUCCUCAUCCUCAUCCAUGUCCUCCUCAUCCUCCUCUUCCUCUCUGCUGGGCCUGGAGACCGUCCAACCUCAGCCACCACCUCAGCAGCCUCCGGGCAUGAUGGGAGCGGGCGAGUGCGUCAAUGGAGGUCAGCCAGCGCCUCCGGACCAAUCCCCGUCCUCCACCUGCCCUCCCGGACCUCCGGUGGUCGCCAACGGCGGCAGUGACAUUCAGGUGAACUUCGACCCGGACCCCGCCGACCUGGCGCUGUCCAGCGUGCCCGGCCAGGAGGCCUUUGACCCGCGACGGCACCGGUUUAGCGACGACGAGCUGAAGCCGCAGCCCAUGAUCAAGAAGGCUCGCAAGAUGCUGGUUCCCGACGAACAAAAGGACGAGAAGUACUGGAGUCGUCGCGUGAAGAACAACGAGGCGGCCAAGCGCUCGCGGGACGCUCGGCGGCUGAAGGAGAACCAGAUCACGGUGCGCGCCGCCUUCCUGGAGCGAGAGAACGCCGCGCUGCGACAGGAAGUGGCCGACAUGCGCAAGGAGCUGGGACGCUGCCGGAACAUCAUCAACAAGUACGAGAGUCGGCACGGAGACUUGUAGAGGACAAAGGGGCGGAGGAUGAAGAAGACAAGGGUACAACCCGACAACAGCAGCACUUUAGUUGAAGCGGAGGAGCGGAGGUGGGCGUAGAUUUGCAAUAAGUGCCAUGUGACACUGGGCGUGUUAGCUAGCGCGCUAACGUUACUCACCGAACUCACUCGAUGUACCGGAUCACCAGGCGUCACCUAGCGCCACCGUCUGUGUUCACACUCAGAGUCACGUGAUAUUUUUUGCGAGUAGUUCGCUCGGUCCCGUCGCUCCGCUGCCUCAAACAAGGUGUCGGAUUCACGCGCCGCCGGCGAAGUCUCACGUUUUACGGCGCGGACAAAAGCCAGCAGUGGUCAGGGUUCAUUUUUUUCUAUGAAUAGGAGAGAGAAUAUUUUUGAACUGGGCAGGACGGAGUCCAGCAGCCAGGGCGAGGAGGUUUGGUCUGGACCGCGUCGAGAUUUUACAAUAGGAUUCCUGUAUAUUUUUCUAUUAGCAGAGAUCACAGCAGCGUUUUGGAGAUCAUCUUUUGUAUGUUUUCUAUACCGGGAGGGGGAGGGGCCGUUUGCCGGACAGUCGCAGGGCCACAUGACGCAACUGUGUCUCCCAGCUGUCGAUCGCCGAGUCAAUAAUCAUGGUUUUUCAAAGUCACGGUGGAGUCCAAACAGAGAAUGUAUAAAGGUCGAAUCAGGUAUUUCACUUGGUGUGAGACGACGCGGCUGCGUCCACACGACCGCGAUUCGAUCGCGUCGCCUCGGAUUUCCCUGAAAGAAACUCAAAUCUUCUCAUCGCGGGGAACUUCAUUUCAGGUGUGUAUUUUAGAGAGUUUUCCCGCCUCAAAACGAGUGGCGUUUUUGUCGUCAAUUCGCGGCGCAUCCAGUCACGCACCUCUAUAUUCGCUCUUGACAUGUUUUGGUCUCAACUUUGAGCAGCUGACAUCGACUUCAUUUUGUGGAUUCAUUGAGUGAAACAAACCAAAAACAGAAGCUGUGACUCAGACUGCUAAUGCUAGGUGGAAGCCACAGUCGCUCAUGCUAAUUCACGUCAUACACAGAUGAAAGGAAUUCACACCCUUUGUUCUUGCGGAGAGUAUAUUUGUGUACAAAGUGACUUUCUGUUAACACCAGCAAUCCGACGACUCUGUGGUCAUGUGACUGAGCGGAGGCGUGGACGCAGCGGUGGGCGGAGUGUUCGGAGAGGAGUCCAAUAGAAACAAAUCUUGUAUAGUUUUACGCUCUUUAAUUUCGUGUUUGUUUCCGUUGUGGGCUUUGUUCACUCGAUUGGUUCUUUUGAUUCCGUGUCUGAUUUUCGGCGAGGCUCACGGGGCUCUCGCACCUCGCCGGCCGAGCGAGGCCGAGCGACCGGGCGGGACUGAGAGACUGUUAGCUAGAAGACCUUCCACAUUCUUGGAGUUGCAGCAGGCAGGAAGCUUCCUUCUUUGUUUUCUCCUCGGUGGGUGCGGGUCGAACCCCGGCCUCCCCUGGUCCACACACCCCCCGAGUGAACAGGGACUCGAACCUUCAGCAUGUAGACACGCACACACACACACAGACACACACAUGAAACCGGACACGCACAAUCCUUGCAAGCGUUUGAACUCUUGUUGUUGUUGUUGAUGUUGUUAUGGACUUUUAUGGUGCUGAUCUGAGACGAUCCUCCACCUGGCGCUCGCUCUCUCCACACACACACACACACACAUCUCAUUUAUACCUUUUAUUUGUCUUUCAAUUCCUUCUUUUAAGUUGUAAUCUCUUUUUUUAGCAUAUAUCUUGUUGGAUAUAUAAAUAUUUACACACACACACAGAGACUCACACUUGUGUCGAUACCUCUCUCCUACAUUCUUUCCCGCUGACAAACGCCCCUCCUUACUGCUACUGUACCAUACGAGUGUAUUCUCUCACUAGAUAUAUAUGUGUAUAUGAUAUAUAUAUUGAUAUAUGCUUGAAUCAUGUGAUUAUAGUUGUAAUAUACAUAAUUGAAUAUAUUACAGAAAAAAAGUUAUAUUGAAAUCAUUUGUCAGUUAUUUCUCAGGUGUUUUUUUUGUCUGAGCUAUUCAAUACACAUAUUAAAAUAUUAUAUGCAAAAAGAAACGUUUCAGAAAUCUGUUGUUUGGGCGGGUCACAGGUGUUUCGCUGGAGGUCGGAUCUUUCACAAUUUACAAAAUAGAAUGAAAUGGAACAGUAACCAAAAAGCAAUUAUUAUUAUUAUUAU